CUGAUUUUUUCCUCCAAUUUCUGAGGAACCAAACACAGAUCACCAAUGGCUAUUUCCUCUGUCUUCUUCCUCUUCUUCCUCUCCAUUUUCCUCCUUCCUUCAACUCUCUUAUCAUCUGACCUUCCACACACUUUCGUCGUCCACGUCUCCGCAUCACGCAAGCCCUCACUAUUCUCCUCCCACCACCACUGGUACUCUUCCAUCAUCCAAUCUCUUCCUCCCUCUUCUCCUCCCGCUUCCAUCCUUUACACUUACCACCGGGCCACCAAUGGCUUCUCAGCUCGUCUUACUCCUCUUCAAGCUGCCAAACUACGGGACAUUCCUGGAAUCCUCUCCGUCCUCCCCGACCAGGCGCGUCAGAUUCACACCACACGUACUCCUCACUUUUUAGGCCUCGCCGAUGGUGUCGGACUCUGGGAGAAUUCUUAUUAUGGAGAUGGCGUCAUCGUUGGUGUCCUCGACACCGGAAUAUGGCCCGAACGUCCGAGUUUCUCCGAUUCCGGACUGUCUCCUGUUCCGGCGAACUGGAAAGGGGAGUGCGAGACAGGGCCUGAUUUUCCUGCUUCGGCUUGCAAUCGGAAGAUCAUCGGUGCUAGGCCUUUUUACAAAGGCUACGAGGCGCAUUUGGACGGAUCCAUUGACGAAACCAAAGAAUCGAAGUCGCCGCGGGAUACUGAAGGUCACGGGACACAUACAGCGUCGACUGCGGCCGGAUCUGUGGUGUCCAACGCAAGCUUCUUCCAGUAUGCAUAUGGAGAAGCUCGCGGUAUGGCGACGAAAGCUAGGAUUGCUGCUUAUAAAAUCUGUUGGAGUUCGGGCUGUUACGAUUCUGACAUACUGGCUGCAAUGGACCAAGCAAUUGCAGACGGUGUUCAUGUCAUUUCUCUGUCAGUAGGUGCCACUGGUUAUGCUCCUCAGUACUAUCAUGACUCUAUUGCCAUUGGAGCAUUUGGUGCGGUCCAACAUGGGAUUCUCGUUUCCUGCUCCGCCGGCAACUCUGGUCCUGGUCCCUACACGGCCGUCAAUAUUGCUCCAUGGAUUAUAACAGUCGGUGCUUCGACGAUUGACAGAGAGUUUCCAGCUGAUGCAGUUCUUGGUGAUGGAAGAAUCUUUAAUGGCGUGUCGUUGUACUCUGGGGAGGGAUUGGUUGAUUAUAAGCUCCCAUUGGUGUAUGCAGGUGAUUGUGGAAAUAGAUAUUGCUAUAUGGGGAGCUUAAGCCCAUCAAAAGUUCAAGGGAAGAUUGUUGUCUGUGAUAGAGGAGGGAAUGCUAGAGUGGAGAAAGGAAGUGCAGUGAAGCUUGCUGGUGGGUUAGGGUUGAUACUUGCAAAUACUGCAGAGAGUGGUGAAGAACUGAUAGCUGAUUCCCAUCUUAUACCAGCAACAAUGGUGGGUGAGAUUGCAGGGAAUAAGAUUAAAGAGUAUAUCAAGAUAAAUCAGUUUCCUACUGCAACAAUUGUGUUCCAUGGCACGGAGAUUGGAUCUUCACCACCGUCUCCCAAGGUUGCAGCCUUCUCCAGCCGUGGUCCGAACCAUUUGACACCGGAGAUUCUGAAACCCGAUGUUAUUGCUCCCGGAGUUAACAUCUUGGCUGGGUGGACUGGAUCCACUGGACCAACAGACUUGGACAUUGAUCCUAGGAGGGUUGAGUUCAACAUAAUCUCAGGUACUUCCAUGUCUUGUCCCCAUGUUAGUGGAUUAGCUGCUCUUCUUAUAAAAGCAUAUCCCAAUUGGUCCCCUGCUGCUAUCAAGUCUGCUUUGAUGACUACAGCUUAUACUUUAGAUAACUCAGGAAAGAACAUAAAAGAUCUUGCUACUGGUAAAGAAUCAACAUCUUAUAUUCAUGGUGCUGGUCAUGUAGAUCCCAAUAGAGCUCUUAAUCCAGGACUAGUUUAUGAUCUUGAUGUGAAUGACUAUGUUGCUUUUCUCUGUUCCAUUGGUUAUAGCUCUUCCCAAAUCUCCAUAUUUCUUAGAAAGCCUAUAAAUUCGAGUAUAUGCGAAACUAAAAGCUUAGAUACUCCUGGAAACCUGAACUACCCCUCAUUCUCUGUGGUUUUCAAAUCAAGUGAUAAUGUUGUAACAUACAAGAGGGUGGUGAAGAAUGUGGGGAGUUCAGCUGAUGCAGUUUAUGAGGUUAAAGUGAAUGCUCCUGUGAAUGUUGAAAUUGAUGUGAAGCCGACUAAGCUUGUGUUCAGUACUGAGAAACAAAGUUUGUCAUAUGAGAUUACGUUCAAGAGUAUUCUGUUGGAUGGUAGCUCAGACAAUUCUUUUGGGUCGAUCGAGUGGAGCGAUGGGGUUAAUUUAGUAAAGAGCCCCAUUGCCAUUAGAUGGCAUCAGGGUUCCAGGGAUUCCAUUUAGAAUUGCGAUAGAGAUUUUCUGGGACACUCAAAUCAAAAUCAGUGGAAGAUGGAUAGACAUUUAGUUGGACAUGGCUGUGUGCAGAUCAAGAAGAAAGGUUGGUGGGUUUUCAUUCUACCAAAUUAUUGAAUCAGGAAAUGAUUGUAGGUAAGCUGUCUUAGGAUAAUAAAGAAACCAAUGGGUUUAAUGUAAACUUAUUUGAUCAAAUUUAUCAUAAAUAUAAAAGUUGUGGAAUGGAAGGGUGAAGAUAAGAAGCAAAGAAAUUGCCAUUUCGUAUGGGUAUGCUGCAAAUUCAACUUGUGGGAAUGGAACUAUCUGAAUACAAAUACCGGCUUUGCUAGGCACUUUUAAUUUUAUUUUAUUUUGCUUUUACAAAAUCAUUGUUGUAUUUUACUCUAACAAUUUAAUAUAAACUGUGUUUCUAUA